CAAAGCUUUUCACACCGAUGGCGACCAAAUUGAGAUACUUUCCGAACCCGAAACCUGACUAUGACCCCCAAUUCGGAUCCCCGAAUAUACCGGAGAGGCAAAUUAAAACCCUCGUUGGCUCUCUUGUUGUUGAAAUCGAAAAGAACUUUGCUCCAACUGAGAAAAAUGCAGCUAAUGGUAUAUACCUUGGUUCAGCAGGCAUAGCCUACAUGUAUUACCAUCUAAGCAAAACGCCUAGUUUUAGCUCCAACAAACAACUUAACCUAGACAAAGCCUUGCAGUACAUCUUACCAGCUAUAAACGUAUCAAAAUCGGCAAAAACCCGCAAAGAAGCUUCUUCUUUGAUAUUAGGCACUGCAGGAGUGUAUGCAGUUGCAGCAGCCUUAUACCACGCUACGGGCAACAAAAACCUAAGCAAAUCCUACAGAGAAUUUUAUUAUCAGGCCGCAAAACAAUGUGGCGACCAAAAGUUUUUGAGCUUCGGCUCGGACGAGUUGUUUGUAGGCCGAGCCGGAUACAUCAUGGGCGCUUUAUGGUUGGCCAAAGAAACAAACACUGCUUUGCAAAAAGCUGAACUAUACAAUUUGUGUAAAGUAAUGCUGAAAUCUGGAAGAGAUUAUGCUGCAAGUCAUCAAAGUCAAUGUCCUCUAAUGUAUUCGUAUUAUCAAGUUGAAUAUUUAGGAGCAGCUCACGGGCUUUGCAGCAUUUUACAAAGCGUUUUAUCAGUGCCGGGUUAUUUGCAAGAAAAUCCUAGAGAUUUAGCUGACGUUAAACGAUCAAUCGAUUACGUUUUAGGCCUGCAAACAUCAGAAGGCAAUUUUCCUGCUGCAACCGAUGAAAUCGGCUCGGAAUUGAAACUAGUUCACUGGUGCCACGGAGCAGGAGGAGUAUUUUAUCUAAUGGCAAAAGCCUAUUUGGUUUUCAAAGAGGAUAAGUAUUUGCAGUCUUGCAGGCUAAUGGCCGAACUGAUUUGGCAAAAAGGGUUGUUGAAAAAAGGCCCGGGGCUUUGUCACGGAGUUGCCGGUAACGGUUACGUGUUUCUGGUGAUGUACAGGUUGACAUCGGAGGCUGGGUAUUUGCACCGGGCCGUUUGCUUUUACGAGUUUUUGGAGAGCGAGAGUUUUCAGGCCCAAGCGAAAACUCCCGAUUGUCCGUAUAGUCUUUACGAAGGCACAGCUGGGACGGUUUGUUAUUUGGCUGAUUUGACUUGGCCCGAAUUUGCAGCUUUUCCUUUUUCAGAUAUAUUUGUUACUGAAACUUAAAUAAUAUACCUAUCUUUAUUAUUUUUAUUACAAUUUUGUUACUUUAAUUUCUACUAUUUUAGUGCUAGCGUCGUGACAAUUGUUAGCGUUGGUUUUUUUGAAAAUAAAGAAAAUCUUCUUUUGCUUCGUUGGUUUGGGUGUUUUAGGUUUUGUUUCGGGGAAUAUCCAG